AUGGAUCGUUUAGAAAACAUAACAGAAUUUGUUGUUGUUUCAAAUUUGGAAAAUCGUGUUUUAAAUGCUGCAAUAAGUAAAGGUCAAGAUUGGUGGAAACAUCGUCGCGAUCACAAUCAACCAAAUCAACCAAACCAGCCAAAUCAGUCAAAUCAGCCAAAUCAACCAAAUCAGCCAAAUCAGUCAAAUCAACCAAAUCAAGGCAAUGUACCACAAUCAAUUCCUCAAACUAGUGCACCAACGCCCAUAGUUGGCGUUCCUGGUUACCUUACAAUAACUAUUCUUCGCGCAGAAGAUCUACGUGAACCACCAUUAUCCAUGAUUAAAGCAUCUAUAUCAUCAUCGGAUCGUCCUUAUGUUAUUGUUGAAUGCAAUCAACAGCGUUUUCAAACGUUGCAAGCUGAUUCAAAUUCUUCAAAUCGCCAUCCACAAUGGACUUCUGGCAAUGGUCCAUUUGGUUUUAAUAUUUUUAAUCCAUAUACUGAUCAUUUAACUGUUUGGGUUCAGGGGCAAGAUCCACUUCGUAUUAUCAAAAAUGACAAAGUAAAGAUAUUAGGAAUGUGUGAGAUGAAUGUUAGUCGAUUGAUUGGCGAAAAACAAAUGUGGCUACCAUUAAGAGACGGCAACAAACCGGCUGGACAACUUCUACUGCAAUGUGUUUUUAGGCCUAGUGAAAGACCGCCACCACCGUAUAAUAACUACUAUGAAUUUUAA